UCCCAGAAACAUUUAUAAGCCAAAAAAUAUGAGCUUAGUAUGUCAUGACUAGAUUUUGUUUGGUUCAUUCAGUUUAUGUCCGACCAGCGAACAACAGUGCAAACUAUGAAGAGAAGUGCAGUGUCGAUUUCGGAUUUCGAAAUCUGGCGUAAGAUCCAGAGAAAUGGGUCCUUCCGAAUAAAGAAGGCGAAACUGGUCACCGGAAGUGCAGACCAUAUUGAACAGCCCGCAGAACCCAGCAUAGACCAGCGACACCAACCCCAAUUGGACCAGGACCAACAUGAUCUUGCUGAAUCAACUUCUGCCAUGGACUCAGGCGAUGCUGCACAACAUUAUUUUUCAGAGUCUGAAGAUGACGAGCCUGCUGAUCUCCCCGAACAAAACCCGAUUGAAUUGAGAGAAGAGCUCCAAAAUUGGGGAAUCGAGCACCAGAUCAAACACUCUGCAAUGAACGCACUUUUGAAAAUAUUGAAAGUUUUUGUGCCCAACAAUGCGCUUCCAAAAGACUCCCGAACGCUUUUCAAGACGCCUGCAAAAAUUGACAUAAGCUCAGAUCCAGAACUGGAGGGGAAAUACUGGCACUACGGUCUCCAGAAAGGUCUUUUGGAUUUGCUGGCGAAAGCUGAAACUAUCCCGGAACAACUUUCCAUAAACAUUAAUAUUGACGGGCUUCCGAUCUCUAAAAGUUCGACCACCAACUUUUGGCCGAUCCUCGUAAAUGUGCACGAAAUGAAACAAGCUCCAUUUGCUGCUGGGAUUUUUUGUGGAGCUAGCAAGCCGAAAGACGUAAACAAAUUUCUAAAUCCAUUUGUCAUCGAUCUCAACAAUGUUCUCCAGGAAGGCCUGAAUGUAAAGGAUAAACAUAUUACAAUCAAACUUCGAUGCUUCAUAUGCGAUACCCCCGCCCGUUCGAUGUUGCGAGGUGUGAUUGGUCACAACGGCUACGGUUCGUGUCUUAAAUGCACCACAGAUGGAGAAUACUCGUACGAGUUUAGUAAAAUGAUUUUUCCUCAGCUAAACGCUCCUCUACGAACUGAUGCAGAUUUUCGAUCAAAAAUGUUCGAUGAUCAUCACAAAAACACAUCUGUUCUAGAGCAGAUCGUGGGUAUCGAUAUGAUCAAAGACUUUCCUAUCGGCGAUGCACUGCAUUUGAUUGACCUCGGAAUCAUGAAACAUUUUUUGACCGGAUGGAAGAACGGCACAUUGCAUAAUUUAAAAGCACGAUGGUCAGCACGAGAAGCAAAAAAUAUCAGUGAUUUUUUGACGCAAGUCGAAUUACCCCGAGAAAUAAGGCGCCCAGUCCGCGGUCUUGAUCACUUACAGCGUUGGAAGGGAACGGAGUUUAGGACAUUCUUGUUUUAUCUGAGCAUAAUAGUUCUGAAUAAGUUCUUUAAUCACAAAGAUAUUUAUCACCACUUCCUGAAUUUUUUUUGCGCGAUUCAAAUAUGUGUCAGGCAUGAUCAAGACCCCAAAAAUUACCAGAUUGCCCGUGCGAUGUUGCAUGACUUUCUCAAUGGAGUGAAAUCCUUGUACGGAAAGUUCAUGUUCAGUAGCAAUAUGCACAAUCUCGUACACUUGAUUGACGACGUGGAAAGAUUCGGACCAUUAGACACAUUCGACGCUUACCCCUUUGAGUCGAAAUUGUACGUAAUCAAGAAUAUGAUUCGAAGUGGUAAUCUGCCCUUGUCCCAAAUUGCAAAAAGGCUCACCGAAAUCCAGAAAAACGCAACGAAUAUUGAAAUUCAUUUCAACAAGAACGAAGUACAACUAAAAAAGAAAGCUGCCCUUGAGGAUUUAGAUAACAAACUGAGGAAAAUCGUUAAGAAAAAUAGUCUUGAUUUGUAUAACUUUGUUCAAUUAGGUAGCUUUUGUCUUGAUACAAAACGAAAAGCUGAUUGUUGGAUUUUGACCAAACAAUUCGAAGUUGUGAAAGUGGAUAUGAUUGCUUUUGAUUCUAAAGAUAAGACUAUCUCUUUGUAUGGAGCAAAAUUGAAAACACAAGAAGACUAUUUUAAAAAGCCAGUUUUAUCUUCCGCGCUACAGAUUUAUGCCUCCGACUUAAAGCUCAAUCCUUCUGAACUAUUGCCACUUGAUACACUGCGUUGUAAAAUGGUUUGCAUAAACACAAACGACAAAAAUCUUCCUGAAUCAGUAUUCAUUCCACUUCUUCACACGUUAAAAAUAACAUAAAAAUAUAG